AUCUAAAAAAAGAAAGCGAGCCCCUGGUCAUCUUGGCGGCUGGUGUUGGUUGGGGGCUGUCCCGCACCUAAGGCAGGAAGAUGGUGGCCGCAAAGAAGACGAAAAAGUCUCUGGAGUCGAUCAACUCUAGGCUCCAACUUGUUAUGAAAAGUGGAAAGUACGUGCUGGGGUACAAACAGACUCUGAAGAUGAUCAGACAGGGCAAAGCGAAAUUGGUUAUCCUCGCCAACAACUGUCCAGCUUUGAGGAAAUCUGAAAUAGAAUACUAUGCCAUGUUGGCGAAAACUGGUGUUCAUCACUACAGUGGCAAUAACAUUGAAUUGGGCACAGCAUGUGGAAAAUACUACAGAGUAUGCACACUGACUAUCAUUGACCCAGGUGAUUCUGAUAUUAUUAGAAGCAUGCCAGAACAGACUGGUGAAAAGUAAACCAGGAAAGUUUUUCUUUAAUAAAACUUUACCAGAGCUCCUUUUAAAAAAAAAAAAAAAGAAAAGCGAGUCUCUGUAUUAAAUUAGAAAGUAUGAUUGGUUUAAAAUCACCUUCAGGGUUAAAUAACACAGUUGCUCUUAAAGUAUGGUCUACAGAGUCCCAACUGCCCUCAGACCCUUUCAAGGGAUUCGGUAAUGUCAAAGGUCAUAGUAUUAACGAGCAAAUUGCCUUUGUACUGAUGGUGUGAAAGCUGUGAGAGGUUGAUGACUGUCCUACAUGACUUUCAACAGUGAGACUGAUGGUAGGGAGCAGCUGAGGAAAGAGUGAGCCAGUUGAGUAGCAGAAGUUGUGAGUUAUGUUGACAUAUGAAAUGCAUUGCUGUACAUUUUUGGUACAUAUUAUUGUACAGUGUUUAUAUAUUAAAUUAAAUGUAUCGUGAGGGAGUGAA